UGUUUGCAACAGCUCGCACUGGCCCAUGUGCUGUGUGUUCUUUGUUAUUUAAAGGAAGGUCUUUGGGAAGUACUCGUGUUUAUGUUUAUGUUGUAAUCUGUGCGAUGUUGUGGUUUUCUAGUGGAAAGUAAUGGAAGCCGGUGGUUUUAGAGUCAGGCUCGAUUUGUCUCAGUUCUUUAGUGACAUCAAGAAGUUCUCCUGUGUUUAUGUCGAUCUCUCUCGUGACCGGCAAAUAGCAGAUGUGGUUGACAGAAUUUCGGAAGUGUUCGCGAUUGAGCGACCAUUGUCUUUGUUGGACGAAAGAUUUUAUUUGCCAGAGUCUGAGAAUGUUAAUGUCUUGCGGAACAGUAACGUUGUGAAAGUCUUGAAAGCCUUUCACUUCCAAGGUGGGGAGAGCUGUUCCACAACUGACCAUCUUACAAAGAGCAAUAAAGAAGUAGAGUAUCUGAGACAAGAGAUUCACCCUGAGCAAGAAUCCAGAAAAAAUAUCAAGACUGACAGUUCAGAGAAUUUUGACUCUCAAGAUUUCUACCAGAAUGAGAAAAUCAACAACUCUUGUUUGUCCCAUAUAGGUAAAGCAUUAUUUCAUGAAGCCCGAGGCAAGAAGAGAAAACAUGAAGAAAUUGAUAAGAGCAAGUUUACCAACAGUGUAAAUGUUUUACAGCAGGAUCUUGAACCUGAAAUUCACUAUCAAAAAAAAUGUAAACGAAAGAAAGAAAGAGUAAAAAAGGAAGUCCUCAACGGCAGUAGUAUAGAACCCCUUCAAGAUGAACUUGAGAAGAAAAACAGUGAUGGCAUACAUUUUGACAAUAAAGCUAACAGAAAGAAAAAGAGAAACAAAGCUGUUGAAAUUAAUGGAGAUGUUACAGAGGACAAAGUUGUAUCUGAUGUGCUGUGCCACAAUUCGCCUGAAAACAUAAGUGACCACAAUGAACAAGAAACUGCCAAAGGCCUCAAGAAACAUAAGAAAAAAAGAAAAAAUGACUUAGCAUCACUGGAUGCCCACAAGAGUCUUGAUUCAGAACAUCUACAUCCCACAGACUUGAAAAAACGUAAUAAAAAACUCAACCAAAGUGAUGCAGAAACAGAUAUGGCACAAGACCAAAGUUUAUCAUUAAGUUGUGAAUUCACAUCUGACACGACAUUUUUAACUAGUUGUUCUAAAGGAGCUCAAAAGUGCAAAAAUGGAUCUUCAUUAACAUGCCAAAAUAUUGAUGGUAUAGUGAAUAGUGGCAUAGAAGACUGUGACAGUAAAGACUAUGGAGGUUCAGAUUUUGUAGACAGAGCUGUAAGUAGUACUCCAAAUUUUACUGGUGGGUGUAAGAUUAGAGAAGUUGCAGACUUUCUGUCGCAGGACAGUACCAGCAUUUAUGAUUCUGCCCUGGGAAACCAUCUAGACAAUGUCACCAACACAACCAUCGGCACAAAGCCUAAGCGUAAGAGGGUCCGUGUAAGGAAACACAGAAAGAGAAAUGGAAUCCAGAAUGACAGUGCUGUUGCAUUACCAUCUGUGGUCGUACAACAUACAGUUCCACAGUAUAGUAUUCCACCAAGGAAACACAUAAGAUUUGAUGAUGUAAUGGGUGAAAAUUUAAAAGAAAGUACAAGCAAUGAAGAGGUACCUUUGAGUAAUGAUAUGGAUAUGAGAAAUAAUACAACUGAAGAAACCUGUGACUCUAAAGCAUCACCAAAUGUCAAUGAUGAGAGUACACAUGAUCUGACUCCAGAAACUGAAGUUACGGACUGUCCCACGAAAAAUAGCUUUGAAUAUUGUACUCCUGAAAAUUGUAUAAUUAAAAGUGAUAUUACAUCUUUGCCAAACCAAAUUCCUUUACAUCAGCAGUGGGCAUUAAACACUGCUGAUCUGAAUAUGAACACAAAGGAAUCUUUACAGAAGCUCUUAAUUCUUGGAAAACAGAAUUCAGUUCCUGUUGUAUUUGAACGAAAAAGUCAGUGCAACAGUUCUGGAUCUGCAUCAGAAUCCUUAAUGCCGGUCUCAAAACAGAACACCAACAAAAAUUCUGAAGGAACAAGUGAUUUUCAGAGUACACAAGUAGUGGAUCAGGCUGAUAUGACAUGCCUGAAAAUGAAUCCUAAUGCAAUUGAUCCACUUCAUUAUCCUCAACUGGAAGGAAAACCAAAAAAGAAUGAUAUAAUUGCUUUUAAGAAGUUAAAAAUGACAAGCAAUUACACACCUGAGGUGUCAGGUUUUAUAAUUGCUACAGUAUUGAAUAUUUCUGAAGACACUUUGGAAAUGUCACUACGGAUAGAAGCUGGCGAAUCUGAUCUUGAGGCCCCAAAAGGAAGGUUCUAUCUUGAGAAUGAAGAUUCAGAGAAGAAUGAGAAUGACUCGAAACUUCAUCAGCUGAAUUGGAAUGAACUUAUGGAUGUCAGAAUUUUAUUUCCAUGAGCUCUUAAAUUGUUAUUUUUCUCUUAAAAUAUUGUGUAUAUAAAUGACUGGAAAUAAACUCUUUAUCUUGUGCACUGAA